AUGAGGUGGCCUACUUUUGCCCUCGCCCUGUUGGCGACCACAGUUGUCGCCCAGGAGACUACCACCAGUGAGUCCACGGGCACUCGGGAUUCGACCACCACCGAUGGACCCACGGUUGUGAGCGUCACCACGCCCGUGGCCCUGCCCUCAGGUACCUAUGAGCAGGUUAGCACCACUCGGACCUUGAGCGAUGGAGAGAUCGAAGUCCUCACCUCCACUACCACCGGACACUCAAAUAGUACCAUGACCACGUCUGGGAACGGGACCGUAAUUACCACCACAUCCAAUGCCUUGACUUUGCUGGUCGGAGGCGCAGGAACGACCACCCUCGGCAAUAGCAGUAUGAAUGCGACCGCGACGACCUCCGGUACCGCGACCGCCUCACCCGUGGUUAACACCCAGCCUUGCAACAACUACCCCGAGUUCUGCGCGAGGAAGUACUCCAACAUUACUAUGGUCGCUGCCCACAACAGCCCGUUCGUGCGCAAGAACAAUGUUGCUGCCAACCAGGUGCUGGACGUGACGCAACAAUUGAACGACGGAGUUCGCAUGCUGCAAUUCCAAACUCACUAUGAGAACGGCACCAUGUACCUCUGCCACUCGACUUGUCAAUUGCUUGACGUCGGCACCCUCGAGGACUACCUGACGGAUGUCAACAAGUGGAUGCGAAAGAACCCGUAUGAUGUGGUGACCUUCAUGAUCGGAAACUUCGACUACGUCUCUCCCGAGAACUUUACCACCCCGAUCUACAACUCGGGUUUGAAGGAUCUGAUUUACACCCCCUCCAAGGUGCCCAUGGCUCUGAACGACUGGCCAACCCUGUCCGAGAUGAUUCUUCGCCAAAAGCGCGCGGUCUUCUUCAUGGAUUACCAGGCCAACCAGACCGCCCACCCCUGGCUCAUGGACGAGUUCUCGCAGAUGUGGGAAACGCCCUUCUCGCCUACAGAUGUGAACUUCCCAUGUACCCAACAGCGACCCCCUGGUCUGUCCAAGAAGGACGCCAAGAACCGCAUGUACAUGGCCAACCACAACCUGAACUUGCAGCUGAACUUGGGCUCUUUGAGCUUGUUGAUCCCCAACACUGCCAGUCUCGAGGUCACCAAUUCGAACGAGACAAACACCAAUGGAACACUGGGAUCGAUGGCCCAGGACUGUGCUGACUCUUGGGACCGUCCCCCCAACUUCCUUUUGGUCGACUACUACAAUUACGGUAACUUCAACGGCUCCGUCUUCGAGGUUGCUGCCGAUAUGAACAACGUCACAUACAAUCGGAAGUGCUGUGGUCAGGCAUCUGCUGCACCUGUCAGUGCUUCCGUUGCUGGCCUAUCGACCUUGGUCAUGGUGGCGAUGGGGGCGCAGAUGUUGAUCUCUGCAUUCUAA